AUGAACGAAAAAGAGCAAGAAAAACACUUCGAAGCUGUCAAACCAGCCAAGUCUUCUUGCUGGGAGUUUGAUUGCAACGACAGUGAUUUACCGCAAUACAGCGAUAUCGACUAUUCGUCUCAUCUGGACUAUUUGGAAAAAGGAUGUUUAUGUUUACGUCCAAUUCGUGCUCCAUCAUAUGUUGAAAACAAGGGUCAAGGACAACCCAACUGGAUUUCUAUUACAGAGGAUAUGCCUUCCAUCCAAUAUGUCCGUCUAGUAUUCUCGUGGGUUGUUCGUCCGUUCAAGUUGGCGAGGAUUUCAGAGGCCAUUGACAAAAGUGAAAAAUGA